AUGGGGUCUGAUCCGCAGUACAUCAAGUACCCCAAUCUCAUUCUCGCCCAACAUGUCUUCAAUCUCUCCAACCCUGCAUGCGCCCCGUCGACCCGACAGUCGUCAUUGAAAAAGCUUCAAGAUGUCAUCUCCGAGAACAAGAUGGCCCCUUUCUACCGCCAUCUUGCCCACCCAGUCGAGGGCAUCUUGAACAGCUCGGGUGAAGGCGUGACACAACACCCUCAUGGAGCAGGGACUUCCAAGCCUCUCAUCAUCUCCAACAUGCUCGCGAAGAAGUCCGGGCAACAGAUCAAUUUCCCCUGGGAUGAGAACCUAUACCAAUCGUUGUUGGAGGAUAACAAGAAGGAGCUGGAGACCUUCCAGAAGGAGGAGGAUGAUGCGGAGGAAGCUGCGGGUGAGACCGAGGUGCAGGCCGCACGGGGGAAGCGCGCUGAGUUCUGGGCUCGCGUGGGAGACAAGGACAAAGCCAUCGAGUCGCACGAAGCCCUUCUUGAGAAGACAGGGUUUCUCGGUACCAAGAUUGACUUGGUCUUAGCCAUGAUCCGCAUCGGUCUCUUCUUUGGUGAUCGACUAUUUGUGAAGAAGACCAUUGAGCGCGCAGAGACACUAGUGGACAGCGGUGGGGACUGGGACCGGAGGAAUCGCCUCAAGGCAUACAAGGGAAUGCACCUUCUCACAAUUCGCUCCUACAGCAUCGCCGCACCUCUCCUUCUAGACAGCCUGUCUACGUUCACAAGUUACGAGCUGUGCAGCUACUCUUCACUGGUUAUCUAUUCUGUACUUGCGGGAUCCCUAUCCCUUAAGCGAGUGGACUUUAAGGACAAGGUGGUGGAUGCCCCGGAGAUCAAGGCCAUCCUUGGUUCCGGAGAGGAUCAGUUGGCUGCGCUGAGUGGAGAGGUGUCCUCCGGCCCCGGUGUUCGGGAGGAGGAAAUGAAGGACGCGACAGUGUCCAAGACCACCCCGACUGGCGCCACCACUGCCGUUAACCUCACUUCCUUCGCCGCUGGCACCGCGCACGCUGAGAAUGAAGUUCCCGUGGACUUCUCACCGCUAGCCAACCUGGUCACCAGCUUGUAUAAUGGCAACUACCGCUCCUUCUUUGUGGCUCUUGCCGCUGUAGAGGACCAGUUCCUGAACCAGGAUCGGUACUUGUAUGAGCACCGGGCUUGGUUCGUCCGCGAAAUGCGUCUCCGUGCCUACCAGCAGCUCCUCCAGAGCUACCGAGUGGUUGGGUUGACCACCAUGGCCAACGACUUUGGUGUGACUGUUGACUAUCUCGACCGGGAUCUGGCCAAAUUCAUCUCCAGCAACCGGAUUGCAUGCACUAUUGACCGCGUCAACGGCAUCAUUGAGACAAACCGCCCGGAUGACAAGAAUAAGCAGUACUCAGAUGUGGUGAAGCAUGGUGAUGCCCUAAUCACCAAGCUCCAGAAGUACGGACAGGCAGUUCGUCUUCGUGGUAGUGAGCGGAGUUAA